AUGGCUAAUAUCGGUACACAAAAGACAGUAACAUCAAUGGAUACCUCUGAUGAUAUAUCAGUUCCUUCUUUCUUCCCAGCAGUGACAGCAGAAUGCAAAGAGGCUGCAGCUAAAUUCUUUAUUUGUAUAGAAAAAUCAAUGCAACCUCUCAAUGCAGAGGAUACGGGUGCAGCAAAAAGAGGUUUGAAAUUUUGUUUACCAGAUAUGAAGUUGUACCAACAAUGUAUGCAAAAAUCGUUGGCGAAUGGAUCAGAAAAACUAUUGUAA